AUGCGUGUGCCUAAUAGAACUAUAAAUUUUCGACUCAUUUUUCAAGUACUUGCAUAUUCCAUAUUUUUGUUCCUGGCUAUCUUGAUCCGACAAGAUUUAUCUGAAGUCAGGAAGCAGAUUUUGGAAACAAGAAACUCGGAUGAUUUUGUCGACAUAUAUGAAAAUGGUUCUCCUCAAAAAGUCGAUUCCCCCCUUCAGACAUCAAUAGAAGAGGAAAGUUUGGGUGUUUCUAUGCCAAAGAAAGAUGAUGAUAGGAAGCUUAUAACUUCCCAAACUUAUGGUAUAAUUGCAGGAGGAGGCUUAGGUAAUCAAUUGUUCGAAUUGGUUUCCCUAUUGGGAAUUGCAAAAACUACCGGGCGAACACCAUUCUUAAACCCUGGAAAUGGAGCUCUCAUGCAGCUUUUGCAAGCAAAUAUUCUCCCAAGGUUCGAUAAACUUCUAGACAACUUUGAGCUUAAACUAAUGCAGCCUGAAUUAUAUACACAUGUGAUUUUCAAUCGAAUUUGUUGUCGUUACGACCCAGUGGAAAGAAUCGCAUGGUACAACAGCUCUGUGGUUCACUUACAAGGAGUGUAUUUCCAGAGUUUUAAAUAUUUUCACAAAUAUAGAAAUAGCGUGAGGACAUGGUUAACACCUCAUUGGUUAGCUAUGAAAAGAGCUCAAUCACUAGUACCUGAAACUAGUCUCAAAAACUUCAAAAUUUGCACCCAUGUUCGGCGUGGCGAUUUUGUCUCUGAUGGAAUGCAUCGACCCUCAGAUGUUAAUUUUACUCACGAAGCAACUGAACAUUUAGUUCGUAAAUAUCAACAGCAUCAUCCUAAUAUUUCUGUCGUUGUCCUGGGAAAUGACCCUCUCUGGGCUCAGAUGGCUUUUGCAGAACGCAUGCCACAGGUCAUUCAAAUGUUUCCUCUCUUCUUCGAGAGUGUUCAGAUGAGAAAAAGGUCUAACCUCAACUACGACAUCACUUUCGCUCCUACUUUAACACCAGAAAUUGAUCUAGCCUUUUCUAGGCAGUUCUGCGAUGCUGUACUGAUUACAGCUCCCUCAUCUACGUUUGGUUGGUGGCUCGGUUAUUUGGCGAAGGAUAAAGCCGAUGUAUACUAUAGGGAUAUUACUCAAACUUCGGACCAGGUGCUGCGACAGCUAGAGCCCGCUGAUUUCUAUCCACCAGAAUGGAUUAUGCUCCGUAGUAACCAGGAUAGCUCCAUAAUAUUUGAAGGAAAAGGGAAGAAUCCUUUCUUCUAA